AAUCGCCGGACACGCCGCAGCAGUGUCCGCCUUCACGAGAGAAUCUUUAUUUAAAUUUGUUAUCUUCAAAAAGUCGCCUCAGAAUGUCGCCAAAUAGCAGCUCGGAAAAGCCCGUCAAUCCCAAUGAAUACUUGCACAUUCCCAAGUGGGUCAACGAGGACUACUUCCUGCCGAUUCUCGAAAAGGAUGUUCCGAAUUUCGAUAAAAUCGUCAACUUUGUUCCAAUUGCGGCCACAGCACCAGGGGAGAACUACACCUCCAUUAUGAUCAGGGUUAUUGUGGAUAUAUUGCUGAAAGAUGGCAGCGAAAAGAAAAUGUCUUACAUUCUCAAGACCAUGCUGGAGGCCGACAGUGGAGCGGAUGUGGUCGCUGGCAUGGGCCUUUUCCCCAAGGAGAAGAAAAUGUACGAGGUGCACAUACCGCAGUUCGUAAAGCUCUACAAGGAGGCUGGGUUGGACGUUGAGCUGGCACCCAGAUGCCUCCACGUGGAGACCACUGCUGAGCUCAUUACCCUGGUCUUUGAGGAUCUAAGUCGCCAGCAUUUUAAGAAUGCCGAUCGCCUAAAGGGCUUCGAUAUGGCGCACAUGCGAAGAGUUCUCCAGAAACUAGCCGAGUUCCAUGCCGCCUCCGCUGUGGUCAGAGAGACCAACGGACCCUUCGACCAAAUGUAUUCCAUGUCCAUGUACAACGAACAAAGCCGUGAUCUCUUCGAGAAGCUGGGGGAGAUGCGCCAGGUGCAGUUCCUCAAGGCGAUGGCCGAGUGGGGACUGGAGCACGCUGACAAGUACAUAGCAAAUAUGUGGAGUCCGGUGGAGGUGUUCGAGGAAGCCCUAAAAAUCAACCAGGUGGACGAGAGCGAGUUUAAUGUGCUGAAUCACGGCGACUGCUGGUCCAACAACAUCAUGUUCAACUACAAGGACAACGGCGAGAUCGACAGGACCAUUUUCGUGGAUUUGCAGAUCGGCAAGUGGGGCACUCCGGCCCAAGAUCUGUGGUACCUGAUCACCACCUCCGCCGCUCUGGACAUUAAGGUAAAAGAGUUUGACCACUUUAUUCAGAUCUAUCACGAACGCCUGGUCGAGUGCCUGAAGCUCCUGAAGUACUCGAAGCCCAUUCCAUCCUUGAGGGAUAUCCACGUCAUGAUGCUGAAAUACGGAUUCUACGGACCCCUCACCGCCAUGGGUGUGAUGGUGGCCACCCUGAUGCCUACCGACAAGGAUGCCAAUAUGAAAAUGAUGAUGGCCCCAGGACCCGAGGCCGAUGCUCUGCGAUACAGAACCUUUAUUAAUCCGUAUUAUGCCAAUGCUAUGAAAGUGUUAUUGCCGUUUUUCGAUAACAAAGGACUUCUAAAGUCCGUGUAGGUUUGGUUCCCGAACCUCCUUAGAAUUUAGCCCAAUUGUUGUGAUAUCAUAUAUCAUAAGAGCAAGUAAAGAAAUACACGUUUUUAUUUAAUUUAAACAGAAAUCUGCAAA